AUGUUAUUAACGAACAUUUUUCUGUCGAUACUUCUGCAAUAUUUUACAACUAGUACUACUGCUAAUGGAACAAAUAUUUCCAAAAUUUCUAUUGAAAAAGUAUCAGAGGAAGAAAAUGAAAUUUUAAAUGAAAAUGAGCUAAAAAAGCCUGAAGUUAAGCUAAAGCAAUGCGAACAUGUUGAUCCAUACGUGGAUGUAAUAUCUUGGUCAACAGUUAAUGCUAAUGUUAGCAAUUGUGAUCCAGUUACACCAAAAGAAAGUAAUAUGAUAGCAAAUGAAGCAGGGAGACAACGAUAUGAAUGGGGUAUCAAGAAAUUUGCUUAUGAUGUAGUGACAAGUGAUAAAAUUGGACCACGUCGUAAAUUAUCGCCUGUUUAUCAUGAAUUAUGUGAAACAUUACCUCGCAAUAUCAGUUUAACUGUAAGCAUAGUUAUUAUUUAUCACAAUGAAGCAUUGUCUGUAUUAAUUCGUAUGUUAAACAGUAUUUUCGAUCAUACUCCAUCUAAUCUUCUUCAAGAGAUUAUUUUAUAUGAUGACUAUAGUGAUUAUGAUACAAUGCUCAUUAAUCACGUUAUCACUUAUGGCAAUUAUGUACAAUGGCCAAUGGAAAAAAUAAUCACGCAGCGUAGUAAUGAACGCUUAGGACUUAUUAGAGCUAAGGUGUACGCAUCACGUGUGGCCCAUGGUGAUGUUCUCAUAUUCUUGGAUAGCCAUUGUGAAGUAACUCCGUUAUGGAUUGAACCUUUACUGCUGCCAAUACAGGAAGAUUCCACAAGAGUUGUUCUUCCAGUCGUUGAUUUAAUUAGUGCAAAAACGUUUGAAUUUUCCAAAGCAAUGAUAGCAAAAGGUGCAUUUAAUUGGGAUCUUGAAUUCAAGUGGAAAUAUAUUCCAUGGGAGUAUUGGGAUUUACCGGAAAACAAUAUUAAACCCUUUCGAUCAUCGACUAUGUCAGGCGGUUUACUAGCAAUUGACCGUAAAUAUUUCCAUGCAAUGGGUGAAUAUGAUACCGGAAUGGAGAUUUGGGGAGUUGAAAAUAUCGAAAUGUCCAUUCGGAUAUGGCUUUGCGGUGGAUCCAUCUUAGUAGCACCAUGCAGUCACGUUGGCCACGUAUUUCGUACGCGUCGUCCAUAUACGAACAAACCAGGUGUAGAUUCAAAGUUAUAUAAUUCGCUACGAACCAUUAAAAUUUGGUUCGAUGAUUAUGAUAAAUACUUCUAUGAGAAACGACCGGAUGCGAAAGGAAUGAAAGCAGGCGAUCUGAGUGAACGCAUGAAAUUAAAGGAAAGUCUCAACUGUAAGCCAUUUCAAUGGUACAUACAAGAAAUUGAUCCGGAACUCGAGCCUAAAAAGAUGCUACAUGAAGAACUAUAA